AUGUGUGAAAAUUUUGUUGAGGAGGUGGACACCGUAGUCAAGAAGGAAGGAGACGUGGCUGCAGCCCUUGAAAAAUUCUGUCACGAAGUUCUGAAUUUUCUCAUCGAAACGUGCCAGAAAAUGAUUCUGAAAAAUCUAAAAUUCAUCAUGGAAAGAUUACAGGCGCACGAAAGAUCCGAGAAGAUCUGCAUUGAUCUCCAUUAUUGUGCGAAUCACACAAUUGGUUGUAGGUAA